CUCUCUGGCGCGCGAGUGAGGAGCGUGCGUUCUCAGAAGCCAACCAAGCGAUGCGGCUCCUCUUCCCCGCCGCCGCGCCGCCGCUUCCGCUGUGCCUCGCGGCUCGCGCCUCCCGCCGCGCGCGCCUCGCCGCGGCGUCCGCGGCCGGGGGCUCCUCCUCCUCGGCCUCGGCCUCGUUCGACGCGGCCGCCUUCGAGGCCGAGCGCCUGCGCCUGGACGCCGCGGCGCGGGACGGGAUGGCGUCGGCUGCCGCAGCGGCGGAGGCGGACCCGCGGGCGUGGAAGUGGGAGAUACGGAAGCGGGUGUGGGACGCGCUGGAGGCCGAGGGCGUCGCGCGGGACCCGCGCCCCGUCCACCACCGUAUCCCAAACUUCGACGGCGCCCCCGCCGCCGCCGACACGUUGGGGAGGCUUGACGUAUUUCAGAAUUCCCAAUGUGUAAAGGUCAAUCCUGACUCGCCUCAGAAGCAAGUUCGGUUAUUAACACUGUCAGGUGAUAAAAAGCUGCUGACUCCACAACCUCGGCUAAGGACAGGAUUUUUCUCAGUUCUGGACUCUCAAAUGAUACCCAUUGGAUGCAUUCCUGAAGCAUGCACUUCUGUUGGCGCAGCUAAAUAUGGGAGGCCAAUAGGUCUAGAUGAAAGGAUUAAGGUGGAUUUGAUUGUGAUUGGGUCAGUUGCAGUUGACCCAAGUUCAGGAGCACGGUUGGGGAAGGGUGAGGGAUUUGCAGAGCUGGAAUAUGGCAUGCUUCGAUAUAUGGGAGCUAUAGAUGAUUCAACCAUGAUAGUAACUACUGUGCAUGACAAGCAGUUAGUGGAUGACAUUCCAGUUGAGAAGCUGCUAGUUCAUGAUGUGCCGGUUGACAUUAUCUGCACCCCAACUCAGGUCAUCUUCACAAAGACCACAAUCCCAAAGCCACAAGGGAUUUACUGGGAAAAGCUAUCUCCAGAAAAAUUGGGCCAAAUCCGAAUUCUGAGAGAGCUGAAGAAACGCAUAGAGCAAGAGACAGGAACUAUACUUCCUUCCGGGCCUUCAGAGAAGCUACCACCAACAGCUCAGAGAAGGAGGCGGCAACGACGACGAUGAUUGUGCUAUUGGUUUACCAAUUUUCAGGAGUAAUACAUAUGCAAACGAAUGAACCAUCACUGUCUUGACCUUCCACAUUUUUGUAUCAAUGGUAGCUGCAAUGACUCUGCUGCGCAGAAGGUGCUGAACGUCAGGUGGUAGGAGCAGGCAUCACCUAAAAGUUGACAUGAGGAAGCAAAAAAAUUCCAAACCACUCCAAUUCUGUGUUCAAAAUGCUUUGUCCCAAUUUCACAUUCGUCAGCAUGAGGACAAUAUCCUUUGGAAGUUCAAACCGUGGUCCAUCCACCCCGCUUUGGAAGUUGUCAGAAAAUCAAUGCUGCUCAUGUGGCAAAAAGGACAGGCAGGGCAUCUGGCAUGUAUCUUGACCUGCCUGUUGCACAUUGUGACCUUAUCUUUGCCUCAGAUUUGCAGUUGGCACGCCGUACUUGAUAUGCUUAAGUCUCUAACCAUGAUACUUUAUUUGUAUAUAGACAGUCAAUGUAAUCACAGUUUGAAUUUGCAAAUGUCAUUGUAAUCAAUGUUGUUUUACGGUCCAAGCUAGUACUAUGGAGUUUCGAUCUGUGCA